AUGUUAUCAAAACGAAGAAUCGUUGCUUGUAGUAUGUUGAUGGUUAUUGGAUUGGUGGCGGUGUUUUUGCUUUGGUGGGCUAGUAGAAAAGGCUCCUCUACCUCUACUAAGUCUUCUCAAUCUACUUCUAGCCCUGGUGGUACUGCUACUCCGCCACCAAAGAGUAGUGGAGAAAAUCAGUAUCAACCGCCAGUUAUCCCGCCUCCACAGCCAGUGAAAGCUAACAUAAUCCAGCCUAGUGGCCAGAAAACAUCAGCUGUCAUUGCUGGUACAAUCAAUAAUCCCAAUACACCCCAUCCACUUAAACCUGGCGUUAGUCUUGCAAUGGGCGGUGAAAUAGCUCAUUAUAAUGAUGCCAAUCUAGUUGCGAGUGCAACUGAAUCGGAUCCAAUCGAGAUCAUUGCAUCUAAGCAAAAAGCAAUGCUUCAGGAUAUAGUCAGUGCUUCGCAGAAAGCGAGUAUUGAUAAGAAUGCUAAUGUGAUCGUGCGGUUUGAAAACACCAUUAUCUUCUUUACUAUGUCAGAUAUAGACAAUCAAAGUAUGCAACCUAGUCAUGUUCAAAAAAUCAACCAGUUCCGGCACAAACUAGAAAUUGAGCUUUACAUUCAUUCUGAUAAGAAUAAGCUAAGUACUUUGGAGGUCAAACGUAUUCUUGGGUUCUUGAGUCAGCAUAAUGUCAAUAAUGUUGGUUGUUUGUACGUUCACAAUGCAACUAUUGAUGCGACCUUAGCUCCGGGCUUGCUAUCUAUUUGUUCGAAACUCAGUAAGCUUGAAUUGCUAGAUACUACCUGUACUGUUGAACUCCUGGGCAUCCUGGCUAUUAAGAUAAACUCUUUCCGCGGGAUUGCCUUCACGGGCUCAUGCAGUAUUACCCCGGGACCAGCACAGAAUGAGCCUAGAGACCUUUCUAAUAUUAUCAGUCUUGGAUUUAGCAAUGUUCCGGACAACAGCACGUUAUUGGUAAUGGUAUUCCAGCAGAUGAGGUUUCCCAACAUACGUAUUCUCUCGCUUGAGUCCAUGCAUAUUUCGCCCCAAAAGAUGCAGGUUAUACCGCUAGAUAAACUGGCGGUUUUCAAAGUGCUUAGUGCGCGCAUAGAAGACAGUGGAUUCUUCGCCCUACUUAAUCAACUUACUUAUGUGCAAACUCUAAUUCUGCUGGACAUUACUCUUGCCCCUAGUGUCAAGAUAAAUCCGAAGUCUUUUAAGCUGGAUAUUCAUCCUGGCGACUUAUCCAUUGACCAAAAGCUGUUUGAGAUGUUAGAUCUAUCUGUAUUUGACAAAACUGAGCGCAAUAUGUGUAUUCAGGUUCUAUUCACGGUGCAGGAUCAGACAAAGACAACCCAUCCUUACGAAACCCUUUUCUUCUUAUUCAACCAUCAUAUGGGCGCCCUUACAAUUCGGACGGAUGAAAACAAAGAUAGUUUGGCCGUGCCCAGCUUUUUACAACUUGAAACUAUUCCCUUUGCCCGGAAUCCACGGGUUUCUAAGCUCUAUUGGGUUUCCAAGAAGUUAAUGGCCGCUACCAAACACCAGGAGCUCAUAACCCAAAUCUCCAAAGCUCUAACGGCCGCUCCCAUCAACACCUUGAUUGUUAUGCACGACAUUCAAGUGGCCACAUAUGUAGACAUCAGCGAUAUUUUGCACUACCAAACACUCUUCCCUCAUCUUACACAGUAUGCAGUCUAUAAUGUCAAGUUUGUAGGAAACACUGAGUCGUACGAUGCCGAUACGGAUCUAUUGGCAAGGAAGCUCGCUUCUAAAUGUUCAGUGCUCUUUAAGACCAACACCCAUGCCGACCAGAAGCUCUUGAAAGCCUAUCAGGACAUGGCCAAAACAUCCCUUGAUGAGGUGGCUGCGCUUCUCGACUCAGUUGAAUAG